AUGCACUUUAAAAAGUAUUUAGCUAUUUUUGUAAUAUUUGCAAUCUUUGCAAUUCAAUUUACUGUACAAAGUUCUGAAAAUGAUGUUUCUACAAGCAAUGGAUCAAAUGAAAAAGAAACUAAUUUAAUACAAGAGAAAUCAUCAUCAAGUUCUUCUGAAGAAAACGUUGUUACUGAACUACCCCAAGUUCCUAAAAGUUAUGAAGAAACAACUAUUGCUAUUAGUUUAAAAGAAAAAACAACAAAAAAAACAAAUAAUUUUAUGUCUAAAAUGAGCAGCUUGGGAAAUAGCGCUAAAGAAAAAUUAUAUAAAGCAAAAGACAAAUUUAAAAAUAGUAUACAAGAAACAGGAGAAAAAGUGAAGGAACUUAAAGAAAGAAUAAAAGACAAAACUGUAAAUUCACAUGGCGGAAAUAAAGCUAAAAAAGUAAUUACAAAUGUUAAAAGCGGUUUAAAAAGUGUUGCAUCAGGAAUUAAGGGCAAAUUUUCUAAAUUUUUUUAA